AUGGUUGUGAUUGCUCUUGUGCUGGUGCCUGCUACACUACCUAUCACUACUGCCCCCAGUCCAUCAUCUGUGGGCCCUACCCCGGACGUACACCCUCCUUCUACCCCUGUAGUACACCUUCCUCCUACCCUUGCAGUACACCCUCCUCCAACCCUUGUAGUAAACAUUCUUCCUCUUCCUACCCCUACUCCUCCUGUGAUUAUUACCCCCACUCCUCCUCCUGCGAUUAUUACCCUCACUCCUCCCCCUGUGAUUAUUACCCCUACUACUCCCCUUGACCCUACUUCUAUACCUUCCUCAUCUUGUAUACCGUCUUCUGAGACUGCCACACCAUCUACUGAUCUAGAUUCAGCUGGUGAUGGUGAUGGUGUUGACCCGCCUCUCUAUGAUCGACCAUGGAUUGAGCCAUAUGAGUUUCGCAAUAAGUGUGCUAAAGCCCAGAGGAACAGAGCUUCUGAAAAGGGUGGUACCUUGCAUACUGGUGGGUCGAUCACGGCACAAGCUUUGGGACGGGCGAUCCAUGUUGAUGAGGUCUUUGUACAGACUAAUGUUCGGAAGGGCACUAAUCAAUUCGAAGAAUUUUCUACGAGACUUUCACAGGUUAGAUCCGAAUAUGGGUCAGCUCCUACACCAGAUGAUGCGAAUAAUGAGGAUGACGACAUCCGUAGGACACAGGAAGUUGUGGAAACAUCAUCUGGAGUAUUGGGAUAUGGCGUGACACACUCAAAGGCUCAAAAUUUAGAUUCUAAUUAA